CCUUCAGCACAUUUCCAUUGGCUUUCAGAUACGCCGGAGCUUGGCUAUGACUUUUAUGUCCAGGGUAUAAAUAAGUAUUAUCCUGCAGGCACGUUUGACUUUCGACCGAUGAUAUACGACAGCAUCCACGAGACGAUGAGUCCUCGCUACAACAAUCUGCACCGGCUCAUGGAGUCCUUUCCACGUCGAAAGUUUGUCUUCGUCGGCGACACAACGCCAGGUUCUACACUUAAGACCUACAUCGGCCUCGCAAAAGAGUACCCGGAUCAAGUCCAGUGCAUAAUUGUCAGGGAUGUUUCUGCCACGGAGCCAGCCAACUGGAUCACACCGAACUUGAAAGAUCUGCGGAAGCUCAAGGGCAAAUACAUCAUCUUUGAUACACCUCAAGAUCUCGACAACACUACUUCUUUGAUGACUCGGUUGCAGAGUGGUGAGCAGGCUGGAUGCGGCGGUGUGGACAUUGAUACCGGCGCCCAUGGUUACGGUCCCAUUAGCUCGAUGGUGAUCUCAGCAUAG